UCGAAAACACAACCAGUUUUGCUGUAUAUAAACAACUUUAUCCCAGAGCGAGGGAACCAAUGGAAAAAAAUUGGACAAAAAUUAACAGAUGUCGAGAAGACAUUUCACUUAGGUCAAGCAAUGUCCGAAAACCACAUAUGGAAACCAGCCUGUAUUCUUGUCGGAACGACCGGCGGUAUUGCCGUUAUAACACUAGCAAUAAGUAUCUUCUGGGGGUUAAACGGAACAUCGUUUACAGCCAAAUGAGUACUUUUACACUAUACUAAAA